AAUUUUGCCUUAUCAAAAUUUAAUUGAAGUUAUUGUGUAAUGGAUUUUCAACAUAGCAGUCAAGAGGACAGCUCAGUCUGAAAAAGGAAAUCUAAGUUUAUUUCAAGGCAUUCGAAAUGGGGAAAGACUAUUACUGCAUUUUGGGAAUUGAAAAAGGAGCUUCAGAUGAAGAUAUUAAAAAGGCUUACCGAAAACAAGCCCUCAAAUUUCAUCCCGACAAGAACAAAUCUCCUCAGGCAGAGGAAAAAUUUAAAGAGGUCGCAGAAGCUUAUGAAGUAUUGAGUGAUCCUAAAAAAAGAGAAAUAUAUGAUCAGUUUGGGGAGGAAGGGUUGAAAGGAGGAGCAGGAGGUACUGAUGGACAAGGGGGUACCUUCCGGUACACCUUUCAUGGCGAUCCUCAUGCCACCUUUGCAGCAUUUUUUGGAGGUUCCAACCCCUUUGAAAUUUUCUUUGGAAGACGGAUGGCUGGUGGUAGAGAUUCUGAAGAAAUGGAAAUAGAUGGAGAUCCUUUUAGUGCCUUUGGAUUCAGCAUGAAUGGAUAUCCAAGAGACAGGAAUUCUGUGGGGCCAUCCCGUCUCAAACAAGAUCCUCCAGUUAUUCAUGAACUGAGAGUAUCACUAGAAGAAAUAUAUAGUGGUUGUACCAAACGGAUGAAGAUUUCUCGAAAAAGAUUAAAUCCUGAUGGAAGGAGUUAUAGAUCUGAGGACAAAAUUCUCACUAUUGAGAUUAAAAAAGGGUGGAAAGAAGGCACCAAAAUUACUUUUCCAAGGGAAGGAGAUGAAACACCGAAUAGUAUUCCAGCAGACAUUGUUUUUAUUAUUAAAGACAAAGACCACCCCAAAUUUAAAAGAGAUGGAUCAAAUAUAAUCUAUACUGCUAAAAUUAGUUUACGGGAGGCAUUGUGUGGCUGCUCAAUUAAUGUGCCAACAAUGGAUGGAAGAAACAUACCUAUGUCAAUAAAUGAUAUUGUGAAACCUGGAAUGAGGAGGAGAAUUAUUGGAUACGGGCUACCAUUUCCAAAAAAUCCUGACCAACGUGGUGACCUUCUAAUAGAAUUUGAUGUCUCCUUCCCAGAUACCAUAUCUUCAUCAUCCAAAGAAAUUCUUAGAAAACAUCUUCCUGCCUCAUAGAGUGAAGAACUCUGUUACCCAUAUUUUGAUAAGACACUGAAAAUAUAAAAGGACUGGCAGUUUACUGAUGUAGCUGUGAAUUCUGUAUAAAUAUGUGUAAAUUCUUUUGAGGGUUCAUAAAUUGCAUGAAUAGAGACGGGUCAAAUAAAUAGGCAAAAGGGAUUUUUAUAGUUAGAGAUAAAGACAAAACCACUCACUGUAUUUUACUUUGUUUCUCCCAAAUCAGAAAUUUUUAAUACUUUACCUAUAUAUAAAAGUUGGUUCUGAGGAGUCAGCAGAUAUAUUUCUGGUAAAGUACUAGACUGUUCGAGUACUUUAUUUCUUAAAAUUUUAGAUCAGUAUGUUAGGUUCCCAUAAUGGAAAUUAAAAUUCUUAGCCAAACUAUACAUGUAAUAUAUAGAGGAGAAUAAAAGUCCAAGUCAUUUGGAAAUGUGGUUAUUUGAUUUAAAUCACCUUCUGAAAUGCUGCUAUACAGCUGAAACUGAUAAAAGAAUAUACUGAUGCAUAAAUUUCACCAUUUUAAUUUUUAAAGUACGAUAGCAUUUCUUAAUAACAUAGUUGGAAUGUUCUUUAGCAGACCUUUGGUUCCUAAAAAGAAAACGAAUGGCAGUUUAUCUCCUGUGGAAGUCCUAAUAGCCUGAAUUACUAAUAUUUUAGACAUACUGUUUUUAAAAUGCCAUAUAUAAUUUUAUGCAAGUUGACUAUAAAUCUUGGACUUAAUAAAUUAUAGGCUCAUUUUGUUGUCCAUUAGUUUAAAAUAAUUUGUUUAAUAAUAAAUGUGUUUCUAGAGAAAAUACUGUUACUUGGAAUUAAUUUUCCAAUUACACAGUCUUCUAUAAGUUACUUGUAAUAUGCUAUAUGUACCUUAUAUAAUUCCCUAAAAAGAAUAGACUACCACUAUGGUGUUAAAACAAAAUAUGGGGAAAAUAAACACUAACUGCUGUUUAUGGACAAUGUAGCUACUACUAGUUAUACAUAUAAAUAUUUUACUUUUUCAUAUCUAUAGAUUGCAUUUCUUAGGUGUUUUAAUUUUUUAAAUAUAUUUACAUUUAAAAAUUGUUUUGUCUUCUCUUUUGUAACUAUUAAGAAUUAUGUUUUGAAGUAGUUUUUGGUUAACUUUCAGGAUGAUUCAUACACACAUACACACAUAUGCACACAUACACAAACAUACACACACACACACAUACACUAUGGUAUGCUGGGCCCUAUAACUAUUUUAGUUGAAUGUGAAAUCGUUUAGAAAUUCAACUUAAAUGUUUUAUAA